UAAAUAAUAAUAAAUAAAACAAAGAAUAAAUUUAAUUAUUUAAUAUUAUGAAAGUGUAGUAAAUUCUACCUGCCAGCUAUUAUUUUCUCUGCUGAGUCUUCAAGAUAACUCCAAUUUGACACACUUCUUUGACAUAACCCUACUUUGACACAAUGGACACACUGAAGCAAUCAUUGGCCGACCUGAGCAAUCACUUCAGCACGAGCAUGGCAGCAUUUCAAGAGGGCCUGCAGAAUUCCCAGGCUACCCCAUCCACGGAGAGGCUUGCUGCCGAGUUCGCGACGUUCAGGGCAUUCAUCAUGACUGCCCUCGAGAGUCUGCAGCAGCAGGUGUUGUUGAUGGCGCAGCAAAUGGACCGGCAGGAGAUGCAAAGUCGCCGUAAAAUGCUCCUGCUCCAUGGCGUGAAGGAAGAGAAGAAGGAGGACACAGCUGCAGCGGUGGUGAAGAUCAUAAGUGAUCACUUCAAGGACUCAGGAUCCUUUAGCGCCUGUGACAUAUCUCGGUGUCACCGCAAGGGCCGCUUGGGAGGUGACAAGCCCAGGAGUAUCCUCAUAAAGUUCAAGGAUGUCGCCACACGGGACCAGAUUUGGUUUGCCAAGACUGGUUUGAAGAGCAGCGGCAUGGUCUUGUCAGAGUUUUUGACCAAACCCCGGCACGAUGCCUUCAUGGCUGCAAGACAGCGCGUCGGUGUCUCCAGGUGCUGGACGCGGAAUGGAUCCGUUGUUGUGCAGAGCCCUGACGGCAAACAGCAUCGGGUUACUACGUUGGGCGAGCUCGACAAAGUGUGCCCCGCGCCGGCGAGUCCAACCGCUCGUACAUCCCCAACUCCGCCCGUCAUCCGUGAUUCGAAGGCCGUCGUCGCUGAUAAGCCAGCUUCCUUGGCGAGGCCAAAAAGAGCUGGUACAGUUAGGAAGUAGCUUAAUUUGGGUGUAGUUCUAUUUUACUUGUUUUAUUUCUACCGUUUUAUUAAUUCAUUUUUAUU